AGGAUGUGACGUCAGUUAUCGGAAUGGCCGGAGGAGGAAAGAGUUAUCGGUGUGAGAAAUGAUAAUGCUGUAAAGGGGGAUGUUUGUGAACGACCAGUGCACUUAUAUCCGUGGUUUGAAUUAUUCUGUACAGAAUUUUUAAACAAUUUAUCCUCAACAUUUCUGAUGCGAGAUCUUUCAAGAUCUAUUAAACUGGGUUAACUUUGUACGAGUUCGUAAUAGCUGCUGCACACGCUUAUGAUCAAAAUUCAAGAUGUCUUCGUUCUUCAAACAACUGUUCCCCUUCAUGAAAGUCAAGAAAAAGAAGGAAUUUUCGUACAUCAUUCGUGGAGUCGAUCCUAACACUAUUUGGAGUCUUGUUGGGGAAUUAGGCGAUGGAAGUUUUGGCAAGGUUUAUAAGGCAGAACGCAAAACUGAUGGUGUUCUGGCAGCUGCUAAGAUCAUUGAUGUUAAAGAUGAAAGUGAACUGGAUGACUUUAUGGUUGAAAUAGACAUCUUGAGUGAGUGUAAACACAAGCAUGUUGUGGGGAUGUAUGAAGCUUACUACCAUGAAAAUAAGUUGUGGAUGAUGCUGGAAUUUUGUUCUGGGGGAGCUUUAGAUGAUUUGAUAUUAGAACUUGAGCGAGGUCUAAAUGAGGAACAGAUUAGAGUAGUCUGCAAGCAAAUGUUUGAGUGCCUCCACUUUCUUCAUACUCACAAAGUAAUCCACAGAGAUUUAAAGGCUGGAAAUUUGCUACUUACAAAUGAAGGCAACAUCAAGCUUGCUGAUUUUGGUGUUUCUGCCAAGAACAAGAAAACUAUACAGAGAAGAACAACAUUCAUAGGGACACCUUACUGGAUGGCUCCUGAAGUUAUUGUUACAGAGACAUGCAAGGAUGACCCCUAUGACUACAAGGCUGAUAUUUGGUCUGCUGGUGUUACACUCAUUGAACUGGCUGAGAUGCAACCUCCUUACCAUGACAUGCAUCCUAUGAGGGUGUUAUUCAAAAUACCUAAAGCUGACCCCCCUACACUGCAGUUUAAAAACAGAUGGUCCAAGGAUUUUCAUGACUUUCUGUCUCUCUGUGUGGUGAAAUCCCCUGAAAUGCGAUCAUCAGCAGCAGAUUUACUGGAGCAUCCUUUUAUUGUUAACUGUGUUGACAAUAAACCACUGAAAGAACUCUACAACGAAGCCAAGGCUGUUGUGAUUGAGGAAUUUGAAGACCUGCCUGAAGAUAAAGAGAAGAGAGAUAAAGAAGCCUUGAAGUCAACAGAAUCUACCGAGUCUUUGGACGAAAAUGAAGAACUGUUUAGCGAAACAGGUUCAAAGGACUUGGAUAAGGAGAAAGACGAGACAGUGAGUGAGCUGGAAGAAUCUACAGAGAAGGAAAAAGAUACUGAGAAAGGGGAUGGGACAGAGAAAGGUGAUGAAGAACUCAAGGAAAAUGGAGAGGAAAAGAAAGAAGAAGGAGAUGAAAAGUUACUAGAGAAAGAGGGGGAAAUAGCAGAUGUAGGGGAAACGAAGGAAGAACAAAAGCCAGAAGAAGAAAGUAGUAAAGAAGAGGGACCCUUGGAGAACCAAGAGGAUGCAGUGGAAGAAAAAACAGAAGUUUCAGAUGACAAGGAAGCGAAAGAGGAAGAAGGGAAAGAAGAACUUGAGAAGAAGGAGGAGGAAGUUGAGGUGAAGAUAGAGGAAGCUGGAGAGACGAAGGAUGAAGCUGAAACGGAAGCACAAGAUGCUGAAGUAAAGAGAGAAGAAGGUCAAGCCGAGACAGAGGAAGCGGUAGAACAAAUCCAAGAUGAUGAAGAAACAAAGGAGGAAGUUUCAGAAAGUAGAGAGGAAACAGAAGAAAAGAAAGAAGAAAUUGAAGAGAAACUCGAGGAAAGUGCAGAGAAAGAUAAAGAAUUACCUGAAGUUGUAACAGAAGAUGCUGAAGAGAGAGCAAACGAUACUGAAGCGAAAGAAGUGGAAGAUGGGAAAGCAGUUACUACUGAGGAGGCGAAGGAGGAACCCACAUCGGAGGAGGGUGAAGCCGUGGUAGUUGUUAAAGAAAGUAAUGAACCAGCAAAAGUAACAAAAAAAGAAGGACAGCAACUACCUGAUAAGUAUUCUACGCGCUUAGACAACAUCUUAGACAAGUUAGAGGAAGACGAAGGAGCUUCAGUAGGCGAAGUAGUAGAACCAUUAGUUCCGCAAGAUAAAGAAAAACCGGAAGAGAGUGAAAAGCAGAGGGAAGAAGAAACGACAGGUCAGUUAGAUGAAGAAAAGAAAGAUGAAGAAAAGAAAGAUGAAGAGAAAUCAAAUGACGCUGAGGAAACAGCCACAGAAGUGGAGGAGAAAGAAACAGAGGAAAUGAACGACGAGGACAAGGAAGGUGAACAGACUGAAAACAAAACUGAACUAAAAGGUGAACUGAUUUUAGAUGCAAAUGAAAAGAUUCCUUUAUCAAAUGGCGACGUGUUAGUUCAACCCGUGAAGAAGGACAACGAAGCGUCUAAUCGCACUGAAGAGAAAUCAGAAACUACGGAUGGCCAGGAGGAGAAAAGUUUCAAAACAUUGAAAAGGAUCCGUAAGUAUGAGAAAGAUGGCAAGAUAGUGACGGAGACCACAUCACGAGUUGUAGAUGUGAGUCAGGAUGACUACAGGAAUGCACUGAUGAAAGAACAGCAACAAAGAAAAGUGAAUCUUCGUGAGAUGAAGAUCCUCCAACGCGAAGAACAGAAACAAGGAAUACUACUUAUGGCCAAAAUUCGCCGCCAGUGGGAUGCUCAGGAACAACGAUUUGAACAGGAGCUGCAGGAAUUGGAAAAGAAGUUUGAGGUAGAUUUGGACACUUCAAGUAGGAAUCAAAAGAAAGACAUAGAAAAACUAGAGAUCGCACAGAAUGCGGACCUUCGUACUUCCUCGCGCAAGAUGAAACAAGACCAGGAAAAAGACCUCAAGAAAUUCAAAGAGAACCUCAAAGAGGAACUCAAAUCUGCCAAGAAAGAGGUGGAUCAGCUGCCAAGGAAUCUAAGGAAGGAGAGUUGGAGAAAGAAGAGAGAUGAAGUAGAAGUCUCACAGCGACAAGCUGAACACGAAUUUCUAGCCAUGCAACAGGCGGAUUUUGAAAGAUUCACGAAAGAGCUGAUUGAAUUACAUCGUGAGAAGAUGUACAGCCUGGAAAUGCAGUUCCUAAAGGCGAAGCACGCUCUAAAGAGAGGGCACGAGUCAGAUUUGUGGGAAAUUGAGCAGCGACAACUGCAGGACAGACAUCAGUUGGCCAGAACACAACUGAAGGAAACUUUCUUCUUGCAGCGAUCACAGAUGCUGAACAGGCAUCAGAAGGAAGUGGAGCAACACAAUCGUCUAACCAAACUGAAAGAAGAGGAAAUGAAGAGACGUCAUGAGAUCGAACGGAAACGGCUUCCCAAGAUACAACGGGAAGAAAUCAAGUCUAAGACCCAGCAGUACCGCAAGUCUUUGAGGAUAGAAAAGAGAUUUUCAAUGGAUAUUGAGCGAGAAUUAAUGAAAGAGUUUGAAUUGCAGGAACGGAAAAAGGCUCGAUCAGAGUAUGAUAAAUUGAUAUUCCGACAAGAAAUGGAGGUGGAGGAGCUGCGUGUCUCCUCUGAAUCUGCUCUUAAGGAGUUGUUACUGUUACAGAACGAGAAGCGUCACAUGUUAAUGGAGAGCGAAACAAUGAAGUUAAAAGAACGCGACGAAAAGCAUCAAACUCAAUUAGAGACCUGGAAAGCUGAACUUGGUCCACGAAAAAAGGUUCUCGAAGAGGAAUUCGCGCGCGAGGAACGCGAACAGCAACUGUUUUAUGCCAGAAAUGGAAGCGAUUACCCAAUCUCCCCAGUAACGUCGAAUAAGGAAUCAGAAGAGGAGCCUGGGGAGAUCCAAAUUGACGGAGAGAAAACCCCAGAGGACAAUCUUUCCAGUAAAUCAUCAUCUGGAUCUACUUAGUUCUAUUAUAUCUCUAUAGUUUCUGUACAGUUCUUGUUCAGUGUAAUUGUGCAUUCAUUGUUUCAAAAGGUUUUAUUUGUGACAUGUGUUAUAUAAUUUCCUUCUGGAAUUAAUCAUUUGCCAGACAAGGGAACAAAGUAGUUCAAUUGAACGUUUGGCUAGGGGUCAGUCGAUCAGUUAUGAAUCUAAGAAGGCGAGAAACGAUCUGAGAUAUGAAACACUAAAUUUAAAGACAGCAAUUUAGAACUGACCAGUGAUUUAAUCAUUGUGAGAUUAAGUUGUCGCAUGGACCACUUUCAUAAAUGGCUGCCGUAUAAAUAUUCUUUUUUUUAAAUUUAAAUUAGCCCUUCUGGCCUCGCUUG